ACGAAAGUCAAAAACUAAGAAGCGAUCAAAGUUGGAGUUAUUUUAGAAUCGCAGGUACUCAUGAUCGUUAAGCUACUUAUCUUUCGAUCGACAGGAAUAAAGAGGCUAACAGCAAUUCAAACGUUCUUCCUCGUCAGCUGAUACAAGUUCAAGGGUCAAUGUACCAGAAAUGCGGCAGUCACACGGACGUUAAGCUCGCUAUAAUAUAAGUAACCUUGCCGUCAUAGUAAUUUCAAACCCACCUGAGUUUUAGGGUCGCAACGUAGUAAUCGAAGCUUGAAAAUGUCACGGUUUGGUGCAUCUCCUACAACCGUUAUUUGCCUCUUUGUUAUCCUAACUGGACAAAGCUCAGCGCUACUAACAUUUUAUCAGCCGUAUCCGUGGCAACACAUCUUGUAUCCUAAUUUUCAAGUUAAUGAUCGAAUCAUAGCCCGUUGGACGAAUAAUCUUUAUUACGCUGGCAGAGUGUCAUCAAUUGGAAAUGGGUUGAUACGCAUUUUGUUUGACGACGGUAACACGAUCACCCACAGAGACACCGAUAUUUCAGCUGUAAUUGCUGAUACAGUGCCCCAUCAAGUGGACAUCGGUGACCACGUCGUGACGACUUGGAAAGGAGGCCACAUAUACUACAUUGGUUAUGUAUCUGACAAGGAUUCUAACAACCGCUUCAAGGUUACCUUUGAUGACAACAACGAGGAUUUUUACACCACCAGCCAGUUAAGAAUAGUCCUGGAUCAUUUCUCUGCUCAUGAAGUGGGCGCCAGAGUGUUUGCACGCUGGACAAAUGGUCUUUAUUAUCGGGGAUUUGUCACAAGGGCCUCUUCGACAGCUGUGUUCAUCAACUAUGACGAUGGCAAAACCAUCACUCUACAGAAGAAGGACGCAGCGGCGGUAAUACUCGACAAACUUCCCUGCUACAAAGACGUCCAGGCUGGUCAGCGUGUAAUUGGUUUCUUGCCAGGAAAAACCAGAUUCUACCCAGGUGAUGUAGUGUACAAAAGGAAUUUCUGCAGCUCUAGCUGUUACCAGAAAGCUGUAUACCGUGUGUUGUUUGAUGACCAUGAUGAGGAUACGGACGAGCGAGUGCAAGAUUUCCACCAGAUUCGUCUAAUCCCAUGUUCAUCAAGCUUCCUGGGAUACUUUGUUAGGAAUGAAGAAGAUAGCAGCAAGUCCAACGAACCUUGUAACAAAGCGCUUCCCUCUGGGCUGAUACGAGGUCAAGGUUGCAAACAAAUUGUCAAGCCUUACGGUGGAAAUAGAACAGCCAUACCACCUAAGUAUUACGAUCAGAAUGAAGACAGGUCGCAACGUAGUAAUCGAAGCUUGAAAAUGUCACGGUUUGGUGCAUCUCCUACAACCGUUAUUUGCCUCUUUGUUAUCCUAACUGGACAAAGCUCAGCGCUACUAACAUUUUAUCAGCCGUAUCCGUGGCAACACAUCUUGUAUCCUAAUUUUCAAGUUAAUGAUCGAAUCAUAGCCCGUUGGACGAAUAAUCUUUAUUACGCUGGCAGAGUGUCAUCAAUUGGAAAUGGGUUGAUACGCAUUUUGUUUGACGACGGUAACACGAUCACCCACAGAGACACCGAUAUUUCAGCUGUAAUUGCUGAUACAGUGCCCCAUCAAGUGGACAUCGGUGACCACGUCGUGACGACUUGGAAAGGAGGCCACAUAUACUACAUUGGUUAUGUAUCUGACAAGGAUUCUAACAACCGCUUCAAGGUUACCUUUGAUGACAACAACGAGGAUUUUUACACCACCAGCCAGUUAAGAAUAGUCCUGGAUCAUUUCUCUGCUCAUGAAGUGGGCGCCAGAGUGUUUGCACGCUGGACAAAUGGUCUUUAUUAUCGGGGAUUUGUCACAAGGGCCUCUUCGACAGCUGUGUUCAUCAACUAUGACGAUGGCAAAACCAUCACUCUACAGAAGAAGGACGCAGCGGCGGUAAUACUCGACAAACUUCCCUGCUACAAAGACGUCCAGGCUGGUCAGCGUGUAAUUGGUUUCUUGCCAGGAAAAACCAGAUUCUACCCAGGUGAUGUAGUGUACAAAAGGAAUUUCUGCAGCUCUAGCUGUUACCAGAAAGCUGUAUACCGUGUGUUGUUUGAUGACCAUGAUGAGGAUACGGACGAGCGAGUGCAAGAUUUCCACCAGAUUCGUCUAAUCCCAUGUUCAUCAAGCUUCCUGGGAUAGCCACGUGCAGUCAACAGUCAACAUAUCAGUAGAGAUAGUUUGAAUCCUAUAUGCUUGUCAGUGAAAAAGAACAGUCGAUAUAUUGUAGCUAAGCUUUUCACAGAUGGAACCAAUAGAAGUAUGUCUUAAAUUGUUGCUUUAGCAAGAUGAACCGUUGCUUAAGUCAUUCCCAUAAUUUGGUCAAAAUUUGAAUUUAUAUGGAGCAUGGCUGAUGACCUGCUACUUUUAAUAAAUACUCAGAUACGAAUAUUGUAUAACGUUUAUAGCUUUGGAUGAGCGAGCAGAAGAGGACUGAUAAAAUUUUGCACUUGCUUCGAAUUGAAGCAGACCGAUAACGAAAUAGGCCCGCCUUGUAGCUUGAAUCAUGAAGUCGUGAAAACAAAGUGAAAUUCCUGUAUUUCAGACAUUUCAGGACCGUAUUUCGUUGAGCGGGAUGUAACCUUCAAUUUCCUCAUAUUCAGUUUAUUUAAAAUCAGAUGUGGUGACCUUCUGGCACAUGCCCCAUUUCCAAGCAAUGACGUCAUAAUUUACACGCCAUGAUUAUUUACAUAAGCGUUUCUGAAUAGGAAAUAAGGGGGUUAGAGGCUUAAUUCGCUUCUCCAAACCUCUCCACCAUUCUCGAAAAUUCCCCCCUCUAUCCUACCUCCCGUCCAAAGAAAAAAAAAAAAAAACUGAGCAAGUUAAACAUCAACAUCACAAUCACAUCAACUCAUUUCAUUCUUUUGUCUUAUGAAACAAUCGAAAGCGAACCGAUGACUCUUCGGAGAAAUUUAAAUUUAUCGGUUAGUCGUGAAAACGUAGCGAUGGAGGUGAUAUUUCCCAUCAGAAUCACUUUUGCAUGUUCUGAUUCCCAUGCUUUACUAUACCCUCUUUCAUUGUUUGUGAGCUAGCUGGAUCGCGUUAGACAACUCGUGGGGGUACCAAGAAUACCCUAUCCUUCAGCCCGAAUAAUAAAUUCGAUGGUUAAUAGUAAAUUCGACAUUUUCUGUGUGAAUCAGCUUCCAUGAAAUGUGGGCAUCAGUCAUUGUGUUUGGGCAAAAUGUAGUCCUUUCUUGAAUGAACUACAUUAGCUCUACUACAAAGCUAAAGAGGUACUUCAUGCAUGCUCACUACCGUUUGCACAUACAUAUCCGCUAAACCUUGAAACUCCCUUAACCAGAGUUUCCUUCUCCAAUAACUAACCGGAAUAACUGUCAAUUGGUUUCCUUCGUAAUUAAUUGCAAAUCAGUGUUCACAACAUUCAAAAGAAGAGAGCCCCCACGCUAAUUCAGCACAACAAAAGAAAAGAACACCACGCUUAUUAUUGACAGACAAACUGAAACAAAGAUAACGCACGCCAACAACAGAAUUAUUUAAUCAGUCAAAUAGAUAUAAAAUAUCUUUGUUCCUACAAAAAAAGUGUCACCUCACCAGAACAGAAAUAUAAGAAAUUGAUUGUAAUAAUGUGUUGAGACUCGAAAUUAUCUUAGACACAAAUACACUGUAGUAACUGAGACAAAACUUAUGUAUGUCUUUAAUUUCUUCAUAAAUGUCUCAGACCCUCAGUUUAUUUUAGAUGGAAAGUUAUUUUGUUCCAAUAAUAGGUAGCGAGAGCAAGCAGCAAAAUAAUUUUGAUAAAUUAAAAAAGAGUAGUAAAAUAGUGUAUGUUUUUGCAUAGAUCAGGACAGGAAACUAAACAAAACCGAUUGUCACUGGGUAACACAGUUUCGAGUAUUCUUAAAUUUCAAUUUGCCAUUAAAGAAAUCCUAUUCUUCUUUACACCCUCUAGGUCUUUGACAAUAACGUAUCUUAAAGCUUUGUUUCCCUGUCAUAAACAUUCAGGUCUGUACUACCAGCCAUCCGUCGUUAAUUACUGAAACAGGAAAAAUUACUAACACGAUCAUGAAAUAAUUAACAUCUAGGAAGAAAACCUGUCAGUAUGUUUAACAUUUAUUUCGUGAAUUUUUCUGUAAUUAAUAAUCGUUCAUCUUGAUCAUCAUUAAUCGAGGCAAUUAAAAGAAACUGAAAUUUAUUUCCUCGCAGUAUCGCGUACAUUUAUAUGGCCUUCCGUACGUUCAGCACCUGAGUGAACUUCAUCAUGGUCUCUAAGUAUAAGCAGCUUAUAAUUGUUUU